GACGUUUUAAUUGUUACCUUGUCUCAACACAUUUCAUCCGGAUUUUGAAAUAUUCACUUUGAAACAUCGUGUUUGUCAACAACUGUAAAAACACACGUGCAACAGUAAUACAUAAUAACAAUAAAAAUAUAGUCGUGAUUUCCGGUUCCGCUGGCCCCGCCCCCUCUUCCCAAACACGUGGAUCUCUUCCGGGUUCUUCAUCCUUUGUUCCCUGUUCGUCAGCAGCCCAGAAGCGGGAGUGUUGAUAAAGCUGUAAGAGAGCUGCAGCAGCAGCAGUUGAUGAACUCUGGAAAGAAGUCCAGCAGCUUGAGGAACAUCUGGUCAAAGAAACUGGAGGGAAGCAGGAGCUCAAACAGCGGCAGGACGCAGCAGAGGAAGAGACACCAGAUGAUGGAUGAUGUUUUCCAGCCCAGAUUAGUGCUGCCAGCAGAUGUUAAAGAAGAGGCUCCUGAAGAACAGAGUCCUGAUGUGGAUCAGCAGGAGCCAGAGCCCCUCCAGAUAAAGGAGGAACAGGAGGAUCUCUGGACCAGUCAGGAAGGAGAGCAGCUCACUGUGAAGGAGGAGACUGAUACCAGGUUUCCAUUAACUGCAGCUCCUAUCAAGAAUGUUAAAGAAGAGGCUCCUGAAGAACAGAGUCCUGAUAUGGACCAGCAGGAGCUGGAGCUCCUCCACAUAAAGGAGGAAAGUGAAAGAAUCUGGACCAGCCAGGAUGGAGAACAACUGAAUGUGAAGAAGGAGACUGAUUAUACCAGGUUUCCAUUAACUGUUGUUCAUAUGAAGAGUGAAGAGGAUGAGGAGAAACCUCUUUUCUCUCAGCUUCAUCAACAUCAAACAGAAGACAGAGAUCGUCCAAGAAUCAUCUCAGGUGACCAGAUAAAAGCAGAAAUUAAAGUAGAGGACUGUGGAACAUCAGUAUCCAGCAGGAACCCAGAUCUAAAUACUGAUGGAGGCUCUUCCAACUAUUCUGAAACUGAAGACAGUGAAGAUGAUGAAGAGGAUGAUGUGAAGCAUCAUGAAUCUGAGCUUAAACGCUUGUCAGACUCUGAAACUGAAGACAGUGAGGAUGAUUGGAAGGAGAGCAGGACUCCAGGAUCAGGCAGAAACGCUGUCAACAAAUAUUUGAGCUGCUCUGAGUGUGGAGGAAAAUUUGCUAACAGACGCUCUCUUCAGAGUCACAUGACAUGUCAUCCAAGAUUAACGUCUUCAGAUUGUUCUGGUAGUGAGACGUGUUUCAGAGAGAAGAAGAACAUAGAUUCACUGACGAAGUUUCAGACAGGUAGUGAAGAUUUUAACUGUGGUGAUUGUGGUAAAAGUUUUAACUUGAAACAAGAUCUAAAAAGGCACACAAAGGUCCACACAGGAGAUAAACCUUUUGGUUGUGAUGCAUGUGGAAAAAGAUUUGUCUAUGAGUCACAAUUAAACACACACAUGAGAGUCCACACAGGAGACAAACCUUUUCGUUGUGAUGCAUGUGGAAAAAGAUUUGCCAACAAGUCAGAUCUAAACAAACACAUGAGAAUCCACACAGGAGACAAACCUUUUAGUUGUGAUUCAUGUGGAAAAAGAUUUGUCUUCAAGUCAUAUUUAAACACACACAUGAGAAUUCACACAGGAGACAAACCUUUUGGUUGUGAUUCAUGUGGAACAAGAUUUUUCUAUGAGUCACAAUUAAACACGCACAUGAGAAUCCACACAGGAGUCAAACCUUUUAGUUGUGAUGAAUGUGGAAAAAAAUUUGUCACCAAGUCACAAUUAAACACGCACAUGAGAAUUCACACAGGAGACAAACCUUUUAGUUGUGAAUCAUGUGGAAAAAGAUUUGUCUAUGAGUCACAAUUAAACACGCACAUGAGAAUUCACACAGGAGUCAAACCGUUUAGUUGUGAUACAUGUGGAAAAGGAUUUAUCUUAAAGUCAGAUUUAAACAAACACAUGAGAACCCACACAGGAGUCAAACCUUUUAGUUGUGAUACAUGUGGAAAAAGAUUUGCUGACAAGUCAUAUUUAAACAUACACAUGAAAAUCCACACAGGAGACAAACCUUUUAGUUGUGAUGCAUGUGGAAAAAGAUUUGUCUUCAAGUCAUAUUUAAACAUACACAUGAGAAUCCACACAGGAGACAAACCUUUUAGUUGUGAUGCAUGUGGAACAAGAUUUGUCUAUGAGUCACAAUUAAACACGCACAGGAGAAUCCACACAGGAGACAAACUUUUUAGUUGUGAUGAAUGUGGAAAAAGAUUUGUCACCAAGUCACAAUUAAACACACACAUGAGAAUUCACACAGGAGACAAACCUUUUAGUUGUGAUUCAUGUGGAACAAGAUUUGUCUAUGAGUCACAAUUAAACACACACAUGAGAAUUCACACAGGAGUCAAACCUUUUAGUUGUGAUGCAUGUGGAAAAAGAUUUGUCUUAAAGUCAUAUUUAAACAGACACAUGAGAAUCCACAGAGGAGACAAACCUUUUAGUUGUGAUUCAUGUGGAACAAGAUUUGUCUAUGAGUCACAAUUAAACACACACAUGAGAAUCCACACAGGAGUCAAACCUUUUAGUUGUGACGCAUGUGGAAAAAGAUUUGUCACCAAGUCACUAUUAAACAGACACAUGAGAAUUCACACAGGAGACAAACCUUUUAGUUGUGACGCAUGUGGAAAAAGAUUUGUCACCAAGUUACUAUUAAACACGCAUAUAAGAAUUCACACAGGAGACAAACCAUUUAGUUGUGAUGCAUGUGGAAAAAGAUUUGUCACCAAGUCACUAUUAAACACGCACAUGAGAAUUCACACAGGAGACAAACCUUUUAGUUGUGAUACAUGUGGAAAAAGAUUUGUCUAUGAGUCACAAUUAAACAGGCACAUGAGAAUUCACACAGGAGACAAACCUUUUAGUUGUGAUACAUGUGGAAAAAGAUUUGUCUAUGAGUCACUAUUAAACACGCACAUGAGAAUUCACACAGGAGACAAACCUUUUAGUUGUGAUACAUGUGGAAAAAGAUUUGUCACCAAGUCACAAUUAAACACGCACAUGAGAAUUCACACAGGAGACAAACCUUUUAGUUGUGAUACAUGUGGAAAAAGAUUUGUCACCAAGUCACAAUUAAACAGGCACAUGAGAACCCACACUGGAAAUAAACCCUUUGGUUAAGAUCUUUGUGUGGACUGUUUUUGCUUCAAGUUACCAUUGAACAAACACAAGAAUCCAAACUGGAGAGGAACCUUUUGGUUGUAAUGAAUGUGGUUUAAACUUUACCUUCAAGUCAAAUCUAAAACAGGAUGAUAGAAUUAAGAGAAAAGACAAACCCAUUGCUAGUUAUGUUUGCCAGGGCCACCAUUCAGCCUAGGGUUUUAACAGAUUUAAAUGAGUGUUUUAUUGCACAUAGGUUGGUUUUAUGGAUUACAGACUUUUUAACAGGUAGUGUCCAGCAGGUUCAACACUCUCUGACAAAACAAUUACCAGCACAAGCUCUCCUCAGGGUUUUGUUUUAUCUUCAUUGUUAUUCACCUUGUACACAAACUCCUGCAGAAGUACUUUCCCUAAUAGACAUUUAAUUAAAUAUGCUGACAACAUGGUCCUUUUAGACCACAAAGGAGAGGAGCAUGGACCAGUUCUUGCCUUUUCACUAAUUGGUGCAAAAAAUCCAAGUUGCUAUUGACUUCAGGAAGCUUCAGUCAUUCUCCCCAACCAUCAUCAAUGGAGAUCAAAUUGAGACUAAUACUAGAAGUUCCUGGGCAUGGUUCUGGACUGCCAUCGAAGGUGGGACUCAUGGGCUGACAGGGCAACUUAACACCCUUAGAAUGUCCUUGACUUCUGUUCAUCAGAACAGUCCACUUAAGAGGCAGUGUCUCGUUAAAGAAAAUUAGUUUAGGAUAAAACAACCUAAAUAUUGUUAAUUUCAUUGUGUUUAGCUUUUGUUUGUGGUGGUAUGAGGCUACCUGGUGAAGCUAAUCUGAACAGGCCUCUAAGCUUUAAGGCUAGUUUUAUUUGUUCUGUGUUUUAAAGUUGAAACAAACGUUAUUUCAAUGAGAUGUUUUAAACAGUGAUGGUCCAAUAAUGGGAUUUUGCUCCAUUUUAUCUGUGUUUUUGUUUAAUUGCUUUGAACUAACCUGCUAAAAAUGUGUUCCAGUACUGUUUAAAACAUGCUAAAGGUUGUCUUUGCUAGCGGCUAACAAGCUAAUAGCCUUGCUUAUAAACAUGGUAUACAGCUUUGUUUACAACAGAGCUUGUCUCAUUCGCUCCGUAAUCGUUGGAUAACGCACCAUCAAUGUUUGUGUACACAUUAAUAUUGGUAUUGUAUGGUAUUUAAAAUAACGUAUACAAUUAUUGAAUAAGGUAUUUUCUUUGUCUUAGCAGCUGGUGACCUAGAUGUGAAUCACCACAUCUCUGUAUCCGUCCAUUGGCGGUUCGCCUCCUGGCGUCUUCAAAUAAAGUUUCUCACUUCCAUUUUAAGUGGUAAUAACUCUGUUCAACCAUGUGCUGAAGAAUAAUUACAUACCAUUGAAAAUCAAUUGUCCCAAAAGGUUAUAGAUUUCUAAUUUGGGAAAUUAUUCUUUUGAAAAUUAUUUUAUUAAAAUAAUGUAUUACUUACCUUUUGUUUUGUGUAGUGACUGGUUGUUUGAACAUAUACCAGUUGUUGCCCUUAAUUACUUUUAAAACUAAUUUGACCUCAUUUCCAGAUUCCUCAAAAUAAAUCCUGGUUCUUAAACCUAAAUAUCAACACUGAACUAUGACAUCAUUGCAUCAAUUUUAUUGGUCCCCUUUUAUCUUUUAUGUGUAUAUAGUUUCAUUAGUUUCUGUAUUCCUUUAUUUUGUUUGGUAGUUUUAGUUGAAUGGUUGUAGUCUAGUAUUUUUAAUUGACAUAUUUUAACUUAGUUGUUUUUUUUGUGUUAAAUUAUUACAUUUUGAAGAGAAGGUGCGGUGAAUUGAUUCCAUAUGUAUGCAGAGUUUGCUGUUCAGUAAUGCCAGUGCUCGAAUCACUCUUUCAUCUAUUGUUCUAAUAUCACCACCAUAUUCAGCUGGUAUUCACAGGACAAUACUUGAAAGGCUGGUUAUUUAAUUAAAUAUAAAAUAACAUCAGCAUAUUAUUGCACAUUUGUUAACCAUGCAGUUAUAUCAAAACAUUCUGUUAACUUUAGCUGUAAUACAUUUUAUAUAAUCAGUGUCUGUUUACAGCAAUCUGUGAUGAAACAUGGAGUAAAUCCUUUAUUCAAUGUAAUAUUUGACCCGUUUACUCCAUUUAAUUUAUGUUGCUGCUCUGUGUUGGAUGUCUUUCAGACUUGUUUUAUGAUCAUCUGUGAAUAUUCCAAGCUUUCCUCAGUAAAGAUUAUAAUACAGUU